ACAAAUUUGAAUAAUGAGACAAGAAAAAUUAUAUGAUAAUUCAAUAAAAUGUAAAAUAGAUACACAUAAAAAUGAGAAGACAUUUCCCAGGUACCGUUUUUUUAAAAAACUUGUACCGAUUGUGGUUAUAACUUUUGCAAUUAUGCUUGGCAUUUGCGGCUAUAUGGAAGUACGUGUGAAGACUCCGUUUAGCAAAGAUAAACUUGUUGAUAUAAGUCGCUUGAAUAAAAAUCAUUAUUAUUGGGGUUCCUAUAGACCGGGUGUUUAUUUUGGAAUGAAAACAAAAGAACCAUUUUCACCUGUAACUGGAUUAAUGUGGUAUUUUCAAAGUACGUUGCAAACAGGUGGCAAAGGAUUAAGACAUUGGUGCACACAGGAUGAUAAAUUAGAAAAAUAUGGUUGGACUAAACAUGAUGGAAAAAAUUUUGGUAUUCAAGAAAUAGUUGACAAUAAAGUUUUAUUAAAAACUUCAUUUAUUAAAUAUAAUCAUGGACAUAACGGUGGAGAUUGGACUGCUAAAAUUAAUGUUUCACAUAUAGAACCAAAUCUUAGAAAUAAAAAGAUAUCACUUUUAUAUUAUAUUGCGAUUGAAAAUAAAACAGAUGGUAAUAUAAAACCAUUAAUUGAUUAUUUAAGCAAUUCAUUAGUAGGAAUUGAAGGGCAAACCAAAGAAUUAGGAUAUUUUGAUUUGAGUUUUAAUGUAGUCAGUGAAAAUGUAGUAGAUCAAUCUUACUUAGUAACAACUACCCCCGAUUUAAGUUAUAUAACAAAAUCAGUUUUAAUAAACUUUCAGGUUGCAAUUGAUAAAGAAAAAAGGAAAAAGAAGAUUGUAUUACCUAGUGAAACAUUAAAAACUAAUAACAAACAAAUAUCGACACCUAAUUUGAUAGUAUUACAAGUAACAGGUGAAUUACCUUUAGAAUUAGAAGUUAUAUUUGAACAUCAUAAUUUAGAAAAUCAAAAUAAAAAACUUACUGGAGAAAAUUAUAAUAAAAAUUUGAAUAAAUAUGAAAAACUUUUUGAUGUCAAAUUUGAAGAAAUUUUUAACUUAAAUUCAAAAGGAUAUACACAAGAUGAAAUUAAUUUUGCAAAAUUAGCUUUUUCUAAUAUGAUUGGAUCUAUUGGAUAUUUUUAUGGUUCAUCCCAAGUACAAAGUAUUUUGAAUGGAGCUCCUAUAUCAUACUGGAAAGCACCUUUAUACAGUGCUGUACCAAGUCGAAGCUUCUUUCCCAGGGGUUUUUUAUGGGAUGAAGGUUUCCAUGGUUUACUUCUAUCAAAUUGGAAUUUAGAUAUAGAAAUGGAUAUUAUUAGUCAUUGGUUUGACCUAAUGAAUAUCAAUGGCUGGAUACCAAGAGAAAUGAUUUUAGGUGAAGAAGCAUUAGCAAAAGUUCCUCAAGAAUUUGUUACUCAAGAUGAAAGUAAUGCUAAUCCACCAACAUUUUUCAUAACUUUGCAAUAUAUAUUGGAUCAUAAACGUGAUGAGUUGUUAUCAAAUCACAUGGAUUUACUUAAGAAAUUAUACCCCAGAUUAAAUCAAUGGUUUCAAUGGUUUAAUUUAACACAAAUCGGUGAAAUUCCUGGUACUUAUAGAUGGAGAGGCAGAAAAUAUGAGACAAAUAUUGAAUUGAAUCCUAAAACGUUAACGUCUGGAUUAGAUGAUUAUCCAAGAGCAUCGCAUCCAAGUAUUGAUGAACGUCACAUUGAUUUACGUUGUUGGAUAGCUCUAGCUUCUAAAACAAUGGCUAUUAUAUCUGAAAUUUUACAUAAACCAUCGCACGAAUAUAAAAGUACUUUUAAAUAUUUAUCAAAUAACAACUUGUUAAAUAAAUUACAUUGGUCCCCAAAAACUAAUACCUAUGCUGAUUAUGGUCUCCAUACUGAUAAAGUGAAACUGCAGAAAUUAUCUCAAACUUCUAAGCAAAUAAAGUCCACAGAGAAAGUAAGGGUAGUACUUGAAGAACCAAAAAAUCAAUUUGUAGAUUCUUCAUUUGGAUAUAUUUCUCUCUUUCCUUUUCUUUUACGUUUGAUAGAUCCUAGUUCAUACCAACUCAAAAAAAUUUUGGAAGAUCUUCAAAAACCUGAGCUUCUUUGGACAAAAUAUGGUUUAAGAUCUCUUGCUAAGAUAUCUCCAAUGUACAUGAAAUUUAAUACAGAACAUGAUCCACCAUAUUGGAGAGGACCGAUUUGGAUUAAUUUAAACUAUAUGACUGUAGCUGCUUUACAUCAUUAUGCCAAAGUAGAUGGCUUAUACAAAGCAGAAGCAGAGAAAAUAUAUUUUAAAUUAAGAGAUAAUAUAAUAAAAAAUGUUAUACAUCAAUAUAAAAAAACUGGAUAUAUUUGGGAAAAUUAUGAAGAUAAUUUAGGUGAAGGAAAGGGUAGUCAUCCAUUUACUGGUUGGACUUCUUUAACAGUUCUAUUAAUGGCUGAAUUAUAUUAAUAGUUUUGUCAUUUCCUAAUUAAACUGAACAGAUUUAACAUUAAGUUGUAAAUAUGAAUUUUUUUAAAAUAAAGUUCGUUAUUUUACACAUUU